CUUGAAGUUCGCACAAUAUGUCACAGUAGUCAAUUACCAGUCAGUAAUUUUUUAGUCAUGUCAAAAAUGUGUGUCCAAAUAACAGAUAAUGAUCAUGUUGUUGGUCGGAUAUAACCUAACUUGUUCGGGUGUAUUUUAUAAGUGAAUUAUUAUACACGUGUUUGAAGGAUAUACGUUUUAUAUUAAUCAAAAGAGUUAAAGAAACAAAAACUUGAAAAUGGGCAAGGUGAGAUCAGCAACGGGUCCGCCCAGAAAACAGGGCUUUAACAAAUCGGGCCAUUCCAUGAAUCCAGAGCGCCCGACUGAAGGACUUGUAGGAGUUGGUAAACCACGUACCAAAGGUACAAUAAAGAGGCUGCAGAUGUAUAGGAAUUUUAAAGCUAAAAGAGAUAAAACAGGAAAGAUCCUUACACCAGCUCCAUUUCAAGGUUGGUUAGCAUCUGGCACUCAGGCAAGAGUUGAGCCCAACCAAAAAUGGUUUGGAAACUCUAGGGUUAUAUCACAAAAUGCCCUUCAAAAGUUUCAGGAUGAAUUUGGUGCUGCCAUCAAAAAUCCUUAUCAGGUUGUAAUGAAACCAACAAAUCUGCCCAUUACUUUAUUAAAUGAAAAAGCUAAGAAUGCACGUGUGCAUUUGUUAGAUACAGAAGGCUUUGAUAAAACAUUUGGGCCAAAGAAACAGAGGAAGAGAGUUAAUCUGAAGUUUGAUGAUUUACAAACAUUGUCCAAAGCAGUUGAGGAGAGUGCUGAGAAAUAUGACGAAAAUAAAGAUAUUGAUAGGGUACGUGAAGACACUGGAAUAAAAGAUGGUCAAAGGGAAUGGAUAUUUGGAGCUGGAAUGAGCAGAAGAAUUUGGAAUGAACUUUAUAAAGUUAUAGAUUCAUCUGAUGUACUAUUACAAGUUCUUGAUGCCCGUGAUCCUAUGGGAACAAGAAGUCCUUAUGUAGAGAAAUUUCUUAGAGAAGAAAAACCACACAAACAUUUAAUAUUUAUUUUAAACAAAGUUGAUCUUGUACCAAAUUGGGUUACACAAAGGUGGGUUGCUAUUUUAAGCUCUGAAUAUCCUACAAUUGCCUUCCAUGCAUCUAUGAAUCAUCCAUUUGGUAAAGGUUCGCUUAUUAAUUUGUUGCGACAAUUUGCAAAAUUACACAUUGACAAAAAACAAAUUAGUGUUGGCCUCAUUGGAUAUCCUAAUGUUGGUAAAUCAUCAGUUAUAAAUACAUUAAGAGCUAAAAAAGUUUGUAAGGUUGCUCCUAUAGCUGGUGAAACUAAAGUAUGGCAGUACAUUACGCUGAUGAGAAGGAUAUAUUUAAUUGAUUGUCCAGGUGUUGUGUAUCCAUCAGCAGAGACGGAUACUGAAAAAGUUUUAAAAGGUGUUGUUCGAGUGGAACUAGUUCAGAAUCCUGAAGAUUACAUUGAGGAAGUAAUCAAAAGGGUCCGUAAAGACUAUUUAAUAAAAACUUAUAAAGUAGACGGUUGGGAGACAUCCACUGAAUUUCUGGAAAAGAUGGCUGCUCGUACUGGAAAAUUAUUAAAAAAAGGUGAACCCGACAUUGCACAGGUUGCGAAAAUGGUUCUCAAUGAUUGGCAGAGAGGUAAAUUACCAUUCUAUGUAGCCCCAGAAGGAUUUGAAGUUCCCUUAUCUAAACAGGGUGGUGAAGAGGUGAAAGAAACUUCAAAACAAACAGCACCAGAAGAAACUGAAGAAAAAUCUAAUGAAAUAGUUGAAUUGGAACAAAAUGAAAAUGACUCUAAUACAUCUGCACUGAAAGUCAACAAAUUAAUUAUAGCUCAAGACUUUGCUAAGAUUAGAGUUGGACUACAAUUUGACAAUGAAGAUGAUGUUAAACCCCUAGAUGCUAUUGAUAUACCAAAAGAACUUAAAGGUAUUGAUGAUACUCAAGAGGAUAUAUCUCAGGGUCAAGAGGAAAAAGAAAACAAUGAAAAUGAAAAUAGUGAUUCAGAUAUAAGCACCUUUUAUAGUACUGAUGAGAAUGACUGUAGUGAUGUUGAAGAUUAUUUAACAAAUGAUAUUGAAACUGUUAAAGAGAUGAAAUUACAAAAGAUUAAAGCUGCUAGUGGUACCUUUACCAUUGAAGAGUUACCUCAUGGUAGGAAACGAAAGGCAAUGGGUGAAGAAUCAUUUAAGGCAAAGAUGACUGCAAAACACAGAAGAGCCAUUGAAAGAGCCCAAAAACGCACCAAAACAGGAAGCAAUUUCUAUGAAGUUGCAAAUAUGUCGUCAGGCAGUGAAAGUGACGAAGAUUUUGUACCGGGUGAACCAGAGCAAGUUUCUGAAGAAGAAUCGGCAGAUGAAGAGACAGAGAAGCAAUACGAAGACGAACAAAACACAAAGAAACGUAAAAUCAUAGCAAAUUCGAAUGGACAAAAGAGAAUCAAAGCAAGCAGUGUUGUCGAAGAAGCAACGGAAGAUGAACUAGACAGCAAAGAACCAGUGAAACCGGAAGAAGAGAAAAAACGAGAGGAUGAUUUGUGGGCGAAGUUCUUAGAAGGAACCGAUUCCAAACCGAAGCCCAAAGUAGAGGAGCCAGUAAGAGGUACUAAACUAAGUGAUGGAGAUAAAAAAGGAGAUAGUAAAGUAACAAAGCAAGAUAGUAAUAGUGAAAAGGAAAGAGAAAAGAGGAUAUUUGAGUUUGCGGGAGAAACCAUAAUAGUAGAAAAUAAUGUUAUUAAAGAUAAAAUUAAAACAGCUGAAGCACCCCCCUCAGUGAGUAAAGUAGCUGUGCCCAGCGGUCGUAGUUCUGGCGGACUGUCGAACUUAGUCGGACAAUUGAACAAAAAAAACAAACUUUCUACAUUAGAGAAAUCAAAGCUGGAUUGGAAUACUUACAAACAGGAAGAAGGAUUUGAAGAGGAAGUUACGAGUCACAAUAAAGGAAAGAAUGGAUAUUUGGACCGGCAAGACUUUCUCGACAGGUCUGAAAUGCGACAGUACGAGAUUGAGCGUGAUUUGAGAAUGAAUCGACGAAGCAAACGCUAGAGUAAAUUGCCAUAAGUAUUAUUAAUGAAUAAAAUGUGUUUGAAA